GCAACUCUGGUAGCUCUCCUUGUCUGGUUACUUUGAAGAAGGAAGAGUAAAAGAGAAAGUAGAAUAACAUGUCAGAGAUACUGGACCUCUCUUUUCUGUCUGAGGUGGAAAAGGACUUGAUCCUCAAUGUUCUACAGCGAGAUGAGGAGCUCCGGAAAGCAGAUGAGAAAAGGAUUAGGCGACUGAAGAAUGAGUUACUGGAGAUAAAAAGGAAAGGGGCCAAGAGGGGCAGUCAACACUACAGUGAUCGAACCUGUGCCCGGUGCCAGGAGAGCCUGGGCCGUUUGACUCCCAAGACCAACACUUGUAGGGGUUGUAAUCACUUGGUGUGUCGGGACUGCCGCAUCCAAGAAAACAAUGGUAUCUGGAGGUGCAAGGUGUGCGCCAAGGAAAUAGAGCUGAAGAAAGCAACUGGGGACUGGUUUUAUGACCAGAAAGUAAAUCGCUUUCCUUACCGCACAGGCAGUGAGAUAAUCAGGAUGUCUCUGCGCCGCAAACCUGCAGUGAAUAAAAGAGAGACAAUGGGGCAGUCCCUCCUUCAUCAGACACAGAUGAGUGAUAUCUGGCCAGGAAGAAAGAUCAUUCAGGAGCAACAGAAGGAUCCCAGCGUGCCACUUGAAGUGCCAAAGCUGAAAAGUGGAAAGAGUGUGCUGGAGGCUGAGAGUGAGAGUCUGGACAGCUACACAGCUGACUCAGAUAGCACAUCCAGGAGAGACUCUCUGGAUAAAUCUGGCCUCUUACCAGAAUGGAAGAAGAUGUCUGCCCCCAAAUCUCAAGUAGAAAAGGAAACUCAGCCUGGGGGUCAAAAUGUGAUAUCUGUUGAUGAGGAUGAAAUGAUAUUCAAGAAAAACACCAGAAAAAUUCUCAGGCCUUCAGAAUACACUAAAUCUGUGAUAGAUCUUCGCCCAGAAGAUGUGGGGCAUGAAAGUAGCUCCUUGGGAGACAGAAGUAAAUCUGUCCCAGGCCUCAGUGUGGAUAUGGUAAAGGAAGAAGAAGAAGAAGACAUUGACCAUCUGGUGAAGUUGCAUCGCCAGAAGCUAGCCAGAAGCAGCAUGCAAAGUGGCUCCUCCAUGAGUACAAUCGGCAGCAUGAUGAGCAUCUAUAGUGAAGCUGGUGAUUUUGGGAACAUCUUUGUGACUGGCAAGAUUACCUUUUCUCUGAAGUAUGAGCAGCAAACACAGAGUCUGGUCAUCCAUAUGAAGGAGUGCCACCAGCUGGCCUAUGCUGAUGAAGCUAAGAAGCGGUCUAACCCGUAUGUGAAGACUUAUCUUCUUCCUGAUAAGUCCCGCCAGGGAAAAAGAAAAACCAGCAUCAAGCGGGACACCAUCAAUCCACUGUAUGAUGAGACCCUCAGGUAUGAGAUCCCAGAAUCUCUCCUGGCCCAGAGGACCUUGCAGUUUUCGGUUUGGCAUCAUGGUCGUUUUGGCAGAAACACUUUUCUUGGAGAGGCAGAGAUUCAAAUGGAUUCCUGGAAACUUGAUAAGAAACCGGAUCAUUGCCUCCCUUUACAUGGAAAGAUCAGUGCUGAGUCCCUGACUGGCUUGCCAUCACACAAAGGCGAGUUGGUGGUUUCAUUGAAAUACAUCCCAGCCUCCAAACUCCCUGUUGGAGGUGACCGGAAAAAGAGUAAAGGUGGGAAAGGGGGAGAGCUCCAGGUGUGGAUCAAAGAAGCGAAGAACCUGAUGGCUGUGAAAGCAGGAGGGACUUCAGACAGCUUUGUCAAGGGAUACCUCCUUCCCAUGAGGAACAAGGCCAGUAAGCGUAAAACUCCUGUGAUGAAGAAGACCCUGAAUCCCCACUACAACCAUACAUUUGUCUACAAUGGUGUAAGGCUGGAAGAUCUACAACACAUGUGUCUGGAACUGACUGUGUGGGACCGGGAGCCCCUGGCCAGCAAUGACUUCCUAGGAGGGAUCAGGCUGGGUGUUGGCACUGGGAUCAGUAAUGGGGAAGUGGUGGAUUGGAUGGACUCGACUGGGGAAGAAGUGAACCUGUGGCAGAAGAUGCGACAGUACCCAGGGUCUUGGGCAGAAGGGACUCUGCAACUCCGUUCCUCGAUGGCCAAGCAGAAGUUGGGUUUAUGAGUCCCUGUCCUCCUCUGAAGGUCCGGCCUUGGCCAGGGCAAGUCAGAGGAAGCGAAGAAACCAAGAGCAAAGAUAUAUAAUUUAAUGUGUAUGUGU